AUGGCUCCAGCACCUAUUGACGAGCGCAUAGUCGAUGUAGCGCCGGCCAGAAAGGAUACUCUUGGACUGCCGGAGCCGGCCUUGGCGCGCCUGCAGAAAGCCGGCAUUGAUCUGUCGGAAGGCUAUCCAUAUCGGCCCUCUGCACCGCUUUACCUAGAUGACGUCUACAAGAUUCGUAGCCAGGAAUGGAAACAUGAUGAAGCAGGCGCUCGUGCUGACAAGUCCAAGAGCGCUUUGCUCUCCGCUGCCACCAAGGUUACGGACUUGACAACCCAUAUCGGCACGGAGAUCGAGGGUCUCCAACUCAAAGACUUGACAGAUCAGCAAAAGGAUGAACUGGCCCUUCUCAUUGCGGAGAGAAGUGUUGUUUUCUUCCGGGACCAGGACAUAAGCCCUCAGCAACAAUUGGCAUUGGGCAAAUACUACGGCGAGGUUGAAGUACACCCACAAGUCCCCCAAGUCCCGGGUCAUCUCGGAGUUACCGUGAUCUGGCCCGCCCUUCAAGCCACAGAACGCGUAGCCAACUUCCGCAACCCCGGCGGCGCAUCACGUUGGCAUACCGAUUUGGUGCAUGAGCUGCAGCCGGCAGGCAUCACUCAUCUUCAUAACGACACCGUACCACCGAUCGGUGGCGAUACGCUGUGGGCAUCUGGCUACAGCGCGUAUGAGAAGCUGUCCCCCGAUUUCCGCAAGAUCAUUGAUGGCAAAUAUGCCGUCUAUCGAUCUGCACACCCAUACCUGGACCGGGAGAACCCCGAGGCCGGCCCCAAGUACAUUGAGCGUGUUCACCCUCUUGUGCGUGUCCACCCUGCUACUGGUUGGAAAGCGCUGUGGGUCAACCGUGCCAUGACGGACCGUAUUGUUGGUCUCGACAAAGCUGAGAGUAAUGUGAUACUCAACUACCUGUACGACGUUUACGAGAAGAAUGUGGAUAUACAGGUGCGAUUCAAGUGGACGCCCAGGACAUCUGCGCUUUGGGAUAAUCGCAUCACGAUCCACAAUGCUAGCUGGGACUAUGGCGGUCAUUACCCCCGCCACGGAACAAGGGUUACUACACUUGGAGAGAAGCCAUUUUUCAAGCCCGACGCACCCACCAGACGUCAAGCUUUGGGACUGCUGGAUCACGAUGAGCUUCCAACUGAUGGGCCUGUAAACUAG